GAGUUUAUUAAAAAAAAAAAAAUACAGAUGGGUUGCUGAUAAAUUCAAGCUAACCGAGGUAACGCUAACGAAUUCAACCGGUUGGAUUAUCAUUUUUUUUACAAAAUGGGAAUCGCCGACGAGGCUGACCGGACUCUGUUUGUCGGCAACUUGGACCCUCAAGUAACAGAAGAAAUUAUAUUCGAGCUGUUUUUACAGGCUGGGCCAUUAAUCAAAGUCAAAAUCCCCAAAGACAAUGAUGGAAAAUCAAAACAGUUUGCAUUUGUGAACUUUAAACAUGAAGUGUCUGUGCCCUACGCAAUGAACUUGCUCAAUGGAAUCCGUCUACAUGGACGGCAGCUCAACAUACAGUUCAGAUCCGGAAGCAGUCAUAUUAAUCAGGAAGGCAAAAGUCCGGCAAACUCUCAAAACCCCAGUCCAGCAAAUACACCAGGUCACCGCGGUGGAAGAACCCCAGAGCAGAUGAGCUCUCCGUCCUACUCUCCUCCACAGAACAUCCAGAGGUCUUUCAGUUCUCCGGACAGUCUGCAGAGACAGGCGAUGAUGAACAACAUGUGGCAGGUCCAGAUGCAGCAACAGUUGCAGCAGUUUAACGGGGCCUUCCAGCAGAGCAUGCAGCAGCUCCGGGGCACCGGAGACGGUAACCCAUGGCAACCGGACUGGUCAGGCCAGCGAGGUCAUCGCCACUCUCCCCAGGACAAUAACAACCAUCACCAACGGCACACAAACAGCGGGAACAACUACGACCGCCACUGGCGCGACAGCCAUCGGGGAGACCUGCAUCACCAGGACGAGCGCACCGGAGGAAACCGCAAUCACACCCCUGAGAGGCGCAGAGACUCACGGGACGGCCGGUGGAAGCGCUUUUAAAAAAUCUACUUUAGUUCUCCUGAAAACCAUUUUCUUUUUUUAUGAGCUGUUUUUAUCUUUUGUUUUCCUCAUAGAUUUUUACAUCUAUUCAGGUGGAUUACAUAUUACCUGUUUUAACAAAAGAAAUUGCAGUACAACUGUAGGGGGGACAACAAAUUUGACACAAGGUUUAGGCAUGUUGACUAGAAUCUCUUUGAGAUGCAAGAACAAAAAAAGAAAAGAAAAAAGACGAGUGACGCCCUAUUUUAAAAAAAAAAGAUAUAUGUUUCGAUCUCAGGGGGACACCUAUGUUUAUAUACAUUUUUAUUUUUAGGAAUGUUCUUUUUGAGAACUUUCUCUAUGUACAACAUCAAAGUGCAUCAAAUAAUCAAAUUUGCAAUGGUGGAUUUUUGUUUUUAUAGAAAUUUGUAAUUUCUCAGGAUUUCACAGAAAGCAUCUGAAAACUAGUUUUCUAUUCUUUAUGUUUGAGUAACAAUGUUUAAUGUUUUUUAAAAAGCAGAUUGUUUUACUUUCUACGUUCCUCUUUUGGGAGAAGGAUUAUAUUGACUCUUAAUUAAGACGCUCUUUGAAAACUUGGAACAGUAACUACUUUUAAUACUUUUGUAAAUACACCAUUUUUUAUUGUCAAGUGCAUCAUUUGGUUAUUUGUUUGUUUUCAUAAAAGUCACUCUUUCACUGAU